AUGGCUGCCGCAGCACCAUCACCGCUGGCCAGUUGUGUGGAGAAGACAAAUGGAGCCAAGCUCAGCAGGCUUCUCAUCGCCGGUGGAACAACAGUUCUUAGGAAGAUUUUUGAUGGCCAUCAUCCUCCUGCAAACUUGAUUAUUGACUUAAAUGCCAAUUACCCCAUCCUUAACAAUCUCUUAAGUCGUCGAGUUCUAAAUGGCCAUCAGUGGGACAAACUAUUUCCACCAGGUGGAGUCCCUCCAGACUCCAACACCUUUGACAUCACUCUUUUGUUUCUCCUUCUGACUAAGAUUUGUGGACUAACCCCUCCCCCCUCAGGAUGGCAUACUAAACCACCCUCAAGUGACACGUCUCAUGAGGCUAACCUUGCACGGGUUAAGUUCUAUCGCAAUAUCUUGUAUGGUCAUGUGACAACCACUGGUGUUGAUACACCAACUUUCUCUGCUCUGUGGACUGAAAUUAGUGGUGUUCUUGUGAGUCUUGGUCUUGAUCAGGCGGAAGUUGAUAGGUUGAAGGCAGAGAAAGGUGGAGAGCAAGAUUAUAUUGACGUGUUGAUUGAAUGGGCUGUUAGGGAAGAGGAUAUCAAGUUACAGCUGGAGAAUAAUCGUCAGGCCCAAGCCAAGACACAACAAAGCGUUGAAGAACUGGGUCUAAGCUUGAAAGGAGUUAAGGUAGGUGUCGAGGAAAUAAGCGAAAAAUUGGAUAGUUUAAAAGGCGAAAAAGACAAGACCAAGUCAGAAGAGGUCCUUCAAAAACUUGCUAAGUCGGAAUUCAGGGGAGAUAUUGAGUAUCACUUACAAAGAUUUCAAGACGGCACCCGUGAGUGGGUCUUUGACAGAGUUCAGAACUGGCUGAAUGACAGAAGCUCUCAAAACCGCGUGAUGGUGAUCAGUGGAAAUGCAGGAAUGGGAAAAUCAGUCAUUGCAGCUGUGAUUUGCAAGAGAAUGCAACAAGCUGGCAGGCUAUCAGGAAGCCAUUUUUGUCAGUAUAACAAUGUACGCUACUGUAAGCCUCAGUUGAUGAUUCAGUCAUUAGCUUCUCACUUGUCCCAUGCCCUGCCAGAGUACAAGCGAGCCCUCGGGGAACAGCUGUCAAGAAAUCUGGGUACAGAUCUCAACAACAUGGGUGUGGAGGAGUUAUUUGCGUUGCUUUUCAAGGAACCUCUUAGUGCUGUAGGGGAUCUAGGAAGAAACAUGCUCAUGGUGAUAGAUGGCUUGGAUGAAAGCGAAUAUCAAGGACAGAGUGAGCUUCUUAAUGUGAUUGCAAAUCAGUUUUGUAAGCUUCCUAUUUGGAUUCGUUUUCUUGUCACGACGCGUCCUGCCUUAAACAUUGCAGAGAGACUGAAACAUUUGAAGCCACUUGAACUGCAGCCUGAUGGUGAAGACAAUCUUGAGGAUGUCAGAGUAUUUUGUCUGAAAAGGCUGGAACAUGUUGUCAAACCAGCGAAUGUGGGCGAGUUAGUGGAACGACUAGUUUUGAAAUCUGAAGGACUGAUGUUGUACGCCCAUUUUCUCAUUUUGUCGACUACUGAAAGUGCAUCAAUUUCCCCACGAGAGGGAACUUGUCGGCAGUUCACCCUUAGGAAUUUUUGCCGUGUAUCAUUCCUAUUUUAAACGUUUGGAACGUGAACUCAUAAAUGAACAUAACAUCAGGGAAGAACAUUUCCUGAAUCUGUUGUCUUCCAUUACCGCUUCAAGGGAACCCCUGCCAGUGGGUUUUGUUUCUAAAGUAUUAGUAUCAAGUUCUAAUUCACCACUAACAAAGCGUAAAGUACACAGCGCCUUAGGCAGUGUGUCUGCACUUCUUCCUAUCCGUGACGAUUGUCUUCACGUCAUCCACAAGUCAGUUAAAGACUGGUUAACUGACAUUUCAUGUUAUGGGGAGCAUGAAUUCAUCGUGGAUGAAAACGAGGGUCAUCGCUUACUUGCGGACCUGUGCAUUGAAGAACUUGAAAAUCUGAAGCUUAAAGGUGUCGAUAACCUUCAGUUUGGCGCCACUGAGAGGUACGCUUUGUAUCAUGGUGCACAUCACAUGCUACACGAAGGCGUCAAGAGAGAGCCACAUAAACUGGACGAACUGACUAAAGCCUACAUUAUUGAUUUAGAGGUAGUGUAUGCCAAGACCUUCGUGAACAGCACAAUAGCGGCUGACGACCUUUUUGGCUUAACGAGCAGGGGAUUUUUACAUUGUUAUCAAAAGAUAACCAAAGUAUUGUGGACACCUUGUUGUUUGUAUUGAGGAAGAACAUCCGUUUGCUUACAGAUAACCCUCGUACGUUUCUUCAAACCAUACUUAACCAAGGAGGAAAAGUGUUGACUGUUGAAGCGUCGAAUCUUUUGCGAAAUAAGUAUCCUGAAAUACCAUAUAUGGAGGUUGUUCAUAAGGAGACGCAGCAGGGAGGUGUUUUAGCGCGAUUUGAGUGUCUAUCUGUUGUGAUCUGUUUGGACGUCUCUCCACAGUUGGAUUAUCUGGUGUGUGAAUGUGAUGACGGAAUACUGCAGCUGUGGUCACUCCAGACUGGCAGGCUAGUGUGGACACGUCCAGUCUUAGUAGAGAAGAGUUCCAUGAGGAGCUGGUUGGGCCACAAGAGUAGAAAAUUACCUUCAGUCAACGCGUUGUCAUUUUUCCGCUCAGUUGUUUUUCACCCUACAAAGGAAUGUAUUUUACCUGGGAUUCUAAGUCAGGCCUAUACUAUGGACGGAAACUUGAAACCACUCUUUCUCGGAAGUAACUGUAGAUUCUCAGUUUGCUCUAUUUCCGGCGACAAGGCCAAGAUUCUAACUAAUUGUCUUGAGAGUUCUAAAGGCCUUGUCAUGUGGAGUUUGGAAAAUGGCUCAGAGGUUGAUCGAAUCCUCGUAAAUGAAGACAUUUUAUCUUUUGCAUGGUCUGGUGAUGGAAGGUUUCUUGUAAUCUCACAUUCUUCGGGAGUGAUUAGUUUGUAUGAUGUGAUGUGUAAUUUCAGAAAACUAACACAAAUGGCUACCCCAGAAGUAUGGGGCGUGGUAAAGUUUUCACCUGAUUAUCGAUUCAUUUUUGGUUACGCUGUGAAAAAUUACGACAUAUACAAAUACUCCUUUUUUUGUCUCGAGGUUGUAAAGGAAGCAAACAACACGUUUUCCUUAACGAUUGUGUCUGGUGAUUCUGAGGCUUUUGAAUCUUUUAAUGAUUGUGGGUUUUUAUUUGGCGAUCUCAUUUCCACAAAAGGUCCUAAGUUUGGAUUGACGUUUGCUCUGGACAAGCAACGUCUGCUACGUUCCUCUUUGAAAGCAAUAGAAAUGGUGGAUAGCAAAUACGAAAACAGAAACGAUCAGAAACGAUCAAGGCGUGCUACUUCAGCUUCUGGGAUAGCACUCAGUUUGGAUGAUCAGACCGUGUCUGUUGCGAGGGUCGCAUCAUCAGUCACUGCUUAUGACGUGUCGAGUGGGAAGCUUAAAGCUGAGAUAAACUGCUGGCCUUUACCGUACCGUCCUUUGUGUCCUGUUAGUGGUGGAGUCCUAAUCUUAACGAAUAACACCACUGUUGAGUUGUGGAGUGGUAACCUCGCUGAACGAAUCAAAAGGUGGACCAACUUGCCUGGAGUCAAACAACUGAUCCCUAUAUCACAGAAACGAGUAGCAGUCGUAGGAGACGUUGAUGUGAAAGUCCUAGAUACAAGCAGUGGAAUAGUUGUAUCAACAAUCCCAGUUUUACAAGGAAGAGUUCUUACCUGCAACAGUAAAUGUCAGCUGUUAAGUGAUACCACAUUUGAAGGUUCCUGUCCUUGGUCUCUUCAGCUUUUGGAUGGCGAAACAGUCGUUUGGAGAAAGAAAGACAUUGGAAGGUUCUCUGUCUCUCAUGAUUUUAAUAAGGCUGUGGCUUUCUCACCUAUGGAACAGUUCCUUGUUGUUGGCACGACUGACGGCCUCUUAGUCUUGGAUGGCGAAACAGGAAACACGCUCCGUACUUUAGGUCUUUCAUUUUCCCUUUUUCUUCAUUGCACGUUUAUCAGUGACGACACAUGUGUUAUUUCUGCUCGUGAUUUAACUGUUCAGAUGUUUAACGUCAAAUCUGGUGAACUUCUAACUGGAAUUGAUGUGGAAAGUGACGUGAACUGUUUAGCAGCCUGUCCCUUCAAUCGUGUUCUCGCCAUCGGCCUGAAGGACUCCACACCUAAUUUCAAAGUUAUCAGGGUGCAUUUGCCG